GCCAGAAGUUAUUAGUCAGCUCGGGACGAGGCAGUUUCCCAUUCCAUUUCCUCAUCUGUAGGCUCUGCCUUAACCCUCCUGUAUGGUGGAUAUUCUACCCCAUCCUUCUUUCUUGGGUGAUAUGGGGGAUCAUUCAAAAAAGAAGUCUGGGAUCGCCAUGUGUGUAGGCUGUGGAAGUCAGAUCCACGAUCAGUACAUCCUGCGAGUGUCCCCGGACCUGGAGUGGCACGCAGCCUGUCUGAAGUGCGCAGAGUGCAGUCAGUAUCUGGACGAGACGUGCACUUGCUUCGUCCGGGACGGAAAGACCUAUUGCAAGAGAGAUUACGUACGGUUAUUCGGGAUCAAAUGCGCCAAAUGUAACGUCGGUUUCUGCAGCAGUGACCUGGUGAUGAGGGCCCGGGAUAACGUCUAUCACAUGGAGUGUUUCAGAUGCUCGGUGUGCAGCAGGCAUCUGCUCCCGGGAGAUGAGUUCUCUCUGCGGGAAGAGGAGCUGCUCUGCCGCGCGGACCACGGGCUGCUGCUGGAGCGCGCUGCAGCCGGGAGCCCCAUCAGUCCCGGGAACAUUCACUCCAGCAGGCCCCUGCACAUCCCAGAACCUGUGCCAGUCCGACAGCCACCUCACCGGAACCACGUUCAUAAGCAGUCUGAGAAGACCACGCGCGUGCGGACAGUAUUAAACGAGAAGCAGCUUCACACUCUCCGGACGUGUUAUAACGCGAACCCGCGACCGGACGCGCUGAUGAAAGAACAGCUCGUGGAGAUGACCGGCCUGAGCCCACGCGUCAUACGAGUGUGGUUUCAAAACAAACGCUGCAAAGACAAGAAGAGGUCCAUUCUUAUGAAACAACUCCAGCAACAGCAGCACAGCGACAAAACGAAUCUUCAGGGUCUCACGGGGACGCCUCUGGUGGCAGGCAGCCCGAUUAGACAUGACACCACAGUGCAGGGAAAUCCUGUAGAAGUUCAGACCUAUCAGCCGCCGUGGAAAGCCUUAAGCGAGUUCGCCUUACAGAGUGACCUGGACCAGCCUGCUUUCCAACAGCUGGUGUCAUUUUCCGAGUCGGGUUCGCUGGGUAACUCGUCUGGUAGUGAUGUGACCUCUCUGUCAUCGCAGUUACCCGACACCCCCAACAGCAUGGUGCCCAGUCCCGUGGAGACGUGAGAGCCCACCGGAGGACUCCCGCCCCAGCAUGCCCUCACCCGCCCUGCAUGAAAACCCAUCACCUCACCGCCUCAAACGGAAAAGGGAUUAACCGAGAUGGAUUUAAACAGUUUGCCAAACGGAGGAGCCCGUCCAAGCGACUUUGGGGUUUCCAGACGUGUUACAACACUGUUUUUAAAGCAUUUGGACCGUAGAUCGAGGACGUCCAGCGGAAUAUGAACACGUUAUUUUGGUUUUGAUUAUGGACCACUGUCAGCCUUACGAAACAAGUCUUAACAGUGUUUAUUCAAGACCAUCAUUGUGUAGCUUUAUCAGCAAGUGGUGUUUUCCUCAUAAGACAAAAAUCAACGGUUUUGUCUCAAUGCGCAUGAUCUCUCCGAAGAUGUAUAAAAACUGAGCUGUAAAAUAUUUUAUCCUAACGAAUGGAGCAAAGAUUGUGUAAACUUCUCGAUUUAAAAAAAAAAAAAGUAAGUUAUUGUUAUUUAUUGUGAGGACAACCGUCCAUACCAAAAAGUGAGAAAUUACCUAAAUAAACGACGUUAAAUGCUGUUUAUGUCUGAGGAAGCCUGCAUGCAAAAACAACCAUAUCAUGUUACCUUUACAUAUCUUUUUAUAUUAUAACAAGAGACACUUCAGUUACAAAGGUAUACUGGUUACUGGACUGGAAAUAACUGUCCAAAGAUCUAGUAAAAAGAAAAAGAGCAAUGUGAACAGAAUUAAAUAGUGAAUGACAUUUUCAGUGUCGUGAUUUCUGAAUUUAUUCUGAAAAGAAUUUGGAAAUUGCAUUUUUUUUUAUAUCCAGUUAUGCAGAUGUUCUACUUUUUUAAACAAUGGCUGGGUUAAAUUAUAGACUACAUUUGCUUUUUUUUUAGAUUAUAGAAAUAGAUACGGAAUAUACUACGAAAUAAUAAAGAACAGCAUUAUGCAGAAUAUGUUUGUUUUGGGAAAUAGGCAACGCUUCUAAUUCUGUUCUUUCAAAGCACCGUUAUGAAACCUCUAACAGGUUAACAGUUUUCUUAAAAGUGAUAGGGUUAACUGCUGCUCAAUCACUAAUAAAGAUG